GUAACUUUUGGCAAUUGAACCGAAAGUUUGAAUAAAUUUUUGCAAACAAUUUGUAUUCGAAUCGAAGUUUUGGUCACAAGUUGUGGACAUUUGUGACACGAAUUGUCUUUCAUGUGAUGUCUUCGAGCGGAUCCACUCACCCGAUGGCCACAAACGAGUCGAUACCUCUCUUGUCGACCCAAACGGAUCAGUUGCGCAAAGAUCUGAACGCAUUUAAGGAUCAAUUCAAGGAUAUGGAGGACAAAGUGAUUCGUAUGAAUGCGGAAGUCGGCUUAAUGGCGAUCACCAUAGCGUCGAAAACCGAGACAACGGACACCAUUAACGUCGUGACUGACUCGACGGUCACCGCUCUUAAGACCACAUACACUGUCCUAACGGUUCCAACGGGUGAUCACUGGGAGGAGGACUUGAGUGACUCAUCCGCUGAGAUGUCAGCAAUAAAUGAGCCGAAGUUCGAGUCCAUCACUACAUCGGAUCCAAUGAGCGCUCAAAUGGAAAUUCAAAUCUUUAAACCGAUGAAAGCAUUCAUACGCUGCGACUGCGGGCACGUCAUAACCGCCGCGAACGGUGUCAGAGCCGGCAGAUACGGCGGCCGUCAGUAA